GACUGACGGUAACGGGGCGCCCGGUGGCUCGGCUCUGCAGCGGGUUCGGGCUCGGGAGAUAAUAAACAGCGGCUCAAGCACGACUCUCCCCCGCCUGCGGCUGGUCCGUAGCCACGACCUUUGGGGUCGCAACUGCUGCCACCCUGCCGGCUCUCGAAGCGCCCUGGUGACGCUGCAGCGAGCGGAGCGGGUGCGUCCGCAGCUGUGUUCUUGCUUUAUAACUCAGUUGAGACAAUGACCAACUUUGAAAAGAACUUCCAUCAGGAAAUGGUUUCCCAGCUGCAUAACUUUGCUGCGGUUGGAGACGCAGCCAGGCUGAAAGCAUUGCUCAGCCGUUCUCCAUCACUGCUCAAUGCGACUGCAGGUAACGGCUGGACAGCCCUGAUGUACGCUGCAAGAAAUGGACACUUUGAUGUUGUGCGGAUUCUUCUGGAAGGAGGGUGUGAUAAGUCCAUCGUUAAUAAAUCAAGGCAGACAGCUCUGGACAUUGCUAAAUUUUGGGGGUACAAGCACAUUGCUAAUUUGUUGGCUAAUGCAAAAGGAGGACAGAAGCCUGAUUUUCUGCCAACUGAAAUGAAAGGAUAUUCAAAUUAUUUUGGCACAACGCUUCUGGACCGAAGAAGUGAUAAAAGAAUAGAUUCCAAGUGGCUAAGCAAAAAACAAAGCCAUCCAGCUACAGUAUACAUACUUUUUUCAGACCUAAGUCCAUUGGUUACUCUGAGUGGGGGAGCAGAGAAGUUGGAGCAGCCAGAAGUCAGGCUUUGCAGACUGCACCACAAGGAUGUGGAACACUGCAUGAGCCAGUCUGAUGAAGUCACCUUGAUUUUUCUUGGAGUUGAUCUGCAGUUGCACACAAGUCUUUUGACUGCUCACAAUGGGGAGGUCCUACAAGAAGGUGAUGACGAUGGGCUCAUUGCUUGGUUUGCUCUCAGCAUAAAUCCUACUUCUGCUGAGAGAUUUAAACAGAAGCAUGAGGAUUGUUACUUUCUUCAUCCACCAAUGCCAGCACUACUGCAGCUACCUGAAAACGAAGCUGGAGUAGUAGCCCAGGCUAGAUCUAUUCUAGCAUGGCACAGCCGCUACCGUUUCUGCCCAACUUGUGGGAGCGCAACCAAGAUUAAAGAAGGUGGCUACAAGAAAACUUGUGUAAAAGAAGAUUGUCCCAGCCUCCAAGGUGUUCAUAACACGUCAUAUCCAAGAGUUGAUCCUGUUGUGAUAAUGCAAGUCAUUCACCCGGAUGGGAAUCACUGCCUUUUAGGUAGACAGAAGAGGUUUCCCCCUGGAAUGUUUACCUGUCUUGCUGGAUUUGUAGAACCUGGAGAAACAAUAGAAGAUGCUGUUCGAAGAGAAGUAGAAGAGGAAACUGGAGUCAAAGUUGGCCAUGUUCAGUAUGUCUCUUGUCAGCCAUGGCCAAUGCCCUCCUCCCUAAUGAUUGGCUGCUUAGCUGUUGCAGUGUCUACAGAAAUUAGAGUUGACAAGAAUGAAAUAGAGGAUGCCCGCUGGUUCACUAGAGAACAAGUUGUGGAUGUUCUCAUUAAAGGAAAUCAGCGUUUGUUCUUUGUACCACCGAGUCAAGCUAUUGCACACCAGUUGAUAAAACAUUGGAUUGGAAUGAAUGCUAAUCUUUGAAUUAAAUUCUUUCUUCUAAUGAA